AUGACAAUGCGUAUCGCACGCAUGAUAUUGACGGUGGUGUGGAUCCUGGCCUUAUCCAUCAUGGUGCCGUGGGCUGUUUACUAUACCCAAGUAGACUACCAAACAAACCUGCAGCUACUAUAUGUCUGUAUCCAGCGCUGGCCGAGACCUGGACAAUACAGAGAGUUCUUCCUCGGCGCUAUCUUUCUUUUCUGCUAUGCUAUUCCUCUCAGCUUCAUUGUUGUUUGUUACUCCUUCAUUGGCAUUAAAGUGUGGAACAGAGACGCGCCAGGUAUAACAACAGAACGGGGGGUCAUCCAGAAAUCAAAGAUCAAGGUUGUGAAAAUGUUAGCUGUGGUUGUGUUUCUCUUUGCCUUGUCCUGGCUUCCUUUGUACGCUGUUACUCUAAGACUCUACUUCUUUCCACCACAUGACCUCAGCGAUGAGAUGAAGACAAUCCAGGACUUCGUGAUCCCUCUUGCUCAGUGGCUGGGCACAUCAAACAGCUGUAUGAAUCCUCUCGUGUAUUGCCUCUUCAGCAAGAGGAUAAGGGCUCGAAUCCGACUUAUGCUAAUUUGCGCUUCUUCAUCUGACCGCCAUCGCUCCCUGUUUAGCCAUUAUUAUUCAAGCACACGGCACAUGACGGUGGACUAUUCAAAUGGUCAAGUUAAACUGGCUUUCAAGCGAUACCAGUCGAACGUAAACGGCGAGUUUUGUAACAACAUCAGUAGUAGUGAUACGCUUCAUGAAGCCAAAGAUACUGGAUCCAUGUCAAUGCUCUGA